AAGUCAGUCAACUGAUGAAUUGACACAAUCGUUUUAUAUGCGACAAUAUAACAUAUCACAGGCGCAAUAUUGAACCGUGGUGAAUGCAUGUGCUCUGCAUGUAAAGAAUACAUUUGGUAAUUUAUUUAAUUUGCGUCCUCAUGACUGGAGGUCAUACUUGGACUAUUCAUCGUAUCCAGUGCAUCACUCCACAGCAUGCCGGAAACAGGCUUAACUGUUACCAUAGCAAUAAGAGGGCUGGUCCGUGCUCCGGCCAGCUUCCAGGGACCACACCCUUCCCGGCUACAUGGGAUGCUAACAUGGAUGAGAGGAGCUGCUAAAGAACAGAAAAACAGUUUUUUUUUCUUUCAGUGAAUUACCAUAGGCUACUCUACAUAUAGUAUUAGCUACUAGAGUGUUGGAAAGCUGCCAUGGCGAACAGAGGGCCCAGCUAUGGAUUGAGUAAAGAGGUGCAGGAGAAAAUCGACCAGAAGUAUGACCCAGACCUGGAGCAGAGGUUGGUGGACUGGAUAGUGGCACAGUGUGGAGGAAACCUGGAGAAGCCGCAGCCAGGCAAACAGAACUUCCAGAAAUGGCUAAUGGAUGGAACAAUCCUCUGUAGACUCAUCAACGCCCUUUAUCCAAGAGGGAAGGAGCCCAUCAAGAAGAUUCCAGAUACGCAGAUGGCCUUUAAACAAAUGGAGAAGAUUUCUCAGUUUCUUCAAGCAGCAGAAGCUUAUGGAGUCACAACCACUGACAUCUUUCAAACUGUGGACCUCUGGGAAGGAAGGGACAUGGCAGCAGUGCAAAGGACCCUAAUGGCUCUGGGAAGUGUGGCUGUCACUAAGGAUGAUGGUCAUUAUAGAGGUGACCGUGACUGGUUCCACAGGAAAGCCCAGGGGCAUCGACGAGAGUUCAGUGAAGAGCAGCUACGCCAAGGCCAGAGUUUAAUCGGCCUCCAGAUGGGCAGUAACCGCGGGGCUUCCCAAGCUGGUAUGACAGGCUAUGGUAUGCACCGUCAGAUCAUGUAGACCACUUAGUACCUAACCUGCUCCUAAUUCCUGACCUUAUUUUCUACUAAUAUCGCAAAUGUUGUAGCCACCAAACUUUCCUAUCUGCUGUAGCACCUGCUAUGUUAACCUCAACUUCCCUGGAACUGCUGCUUUUCCCAGACAGUGUUGUCUAUUUAAAAUGAUGUCAAUCUCCUUCUUCAAGCUCUCUCCUUAAUCUUAUUUUCCCUUUUGUCAGUGCUGUUCCUGCCCUGUGGUUGACUCUGUUUCCUUAGUCUCAAUGUCCAAAUGAUUACUUAAUGUGGACCUUAGUCAUUCAACAUCAAUUUAGGCUAACAGAGAACUAAAGAUUAAACUCUCUAUACAAAACUAGCCAGUGUUACAUACAUUUGAAAUCUGAAAUACUACACUGUUACAGCAUGUUGUAUACUUUUGACUUGUAUAUAUUGAUUUUUUUAAAUUUAUUUAUAUUUAUCAUCUGUGGCUGUUUUAGGAGGGUCUGUUACUGUAUAAUUAUUUAGCCUUAAACCUAAUGGAACUCAAUGGCCAAUGUCUGCUGGAUCUGCUGUGACCAAAUCGACGCCGUGUUGUGCCUGAUUAUGGGACUACAGAGAGAUGGGUCCUGAUAUACUGGCCUCUAGUUCUCAAUGAGUUUCAUUCCUUCUGAGCAAUUUCUUUGUUAUUUGUUACUGUAGAUUACAUUUUUGUCCAUAAUGUGUCCAUUUUGUGUCAAAGAAGGUAAAAUGCACAAUCAAAUGUCAGUGAAAGUUUCAAUUCUGGUGCCAGAUAAAGACAUUGCCUGAAUGUGUGCUGUUAUAUGUUGUCAUGUUCAUAUUUUUAAAUACAUAUAUGUCCAGAGGCUUGUGAGAAUAUCAUUAUUAUAAAUAAAGUAUGUGAACAUA